CCAAUGAGAGAACAGAGUGAGGAAAUGCAGCACUGAAGCGGCAGAGGAGCGAGUGGACAAGGAAAAAAAACUGCAGUGUACACAUGUUUAAUUUUUCCCCUCUUCUGUGCAGAUCUUAAUCGAUUUAUCACUCCAGCUUGGGUCCUGUGUGAGUGUGUGUGUGUGUGCGUGAGUGUGUGAGUGAGAUAAUAAGGUCAAAAGCAAAGGAAUAGCACUAGGUGCUCCAUGGGCUGCAGUCCAACAAAAUUCCCUCAAAGCGGAGCAAUAAAAGAGAUCAUCUGAUAGAAGACACUGGACUUUUUUUUCUAUCUUGAGGAGCCCAAAACCCUGUGUGAGGGUGAAGUUUAUCCAGGGGACCACAGCAAACACUGUCGAUUUCACUGUGAUUAUCCAACAACCAGGGAUCACAUUUCCAUUGAACUGACUACAGCCUAGCCAGUGAAGAUGAAGUUCAACUUGCUGAAAACCAAGCCAGAAGCCAUGGUAGGCUCAGAGCCCACGGGCGCCAUGACGGUGGCCCCAGGCCAAGGGAGCUCCACGCCGGCCGACAACUCCACUGCGGUCAACAAAGACAUGUUCGGCGAUAUCAAGAACAAGUUUCUCAAUGAGAUGACAAAAAUUCCAUUGCCCACCUGGGCCAUCGCGGCCAUUGCCAUCGUCGCCGUCCUCCUCAUCGUCACGUGCUGCUUCUGCAUCGUCAAGAAGUGCUGCUGCAAGAAGAAGAAAAACAAGAAGGGCAAGAAGGGGAAGGGAGAAAUGGGCAUGAAGAACAUGAAAGGCGAGAAACAUCAGGAUGAUGAUGACGACGAUGAUGACAUUCCUGAGAAAGGGAUGAUGGGAGAGGAGAAGGAAGAGGAGCCAAAAGAGAAAGAGAAGCUCGGAAAGCUGCAGUUCUCCCUGGACUACGACUUCGGUGACAACAAGCUCUCUGUAGGUAUCCUACAAGCAGCAGACCUGCUCUCCAUGGAUAGCGGCGGAACCUCCGAUCCCUACGUCAAGGUUUUCGUCCUCCCUGACAAGAAGCAUAAAUAUGACACCAAGGUGCACAAGAAAACGCUUAACCCAGUCUUCAACGAGACCUUCGCCUUCAAGAUCCCCUUCCAAGAAAUGGGUGGCAAGACUCUAGUUAUGGAGGUGUUUGACUUUGACCGCUUCUCCAAACACGACAUCAUUGGAGAAAUCAGGAUUCCCAUGAACACCCUGGACCUGGCUCAGCCCAUUGAGCAAUGGAGGGAUCUUGACAGUGCUGAAAAGGAAGAGCCGGAGAAACUGGGUGACAUCUGCGUUUCUCUGCGCUAUGUGCCCACGGCCGGCAAGCUCACUAUCUGCAUCUUGGAGGCUAAGAAUCUCAAGAAGAUGGACGUGGGAGGAUUGUCAGAUCCCUAUGUGAAGAUUCACCUACUCCAGAAUGGAAAGAGGCUGAAAAAGAAGAAGACUACAGUGAAGAAGAAUACCCUCAAUCCCUAUUACAACGAAUCUUUCAGCUUUGAGAUUCCACAGGACAUGAUGCCGAAAAUACAAGCUGUGAUCACAGUUCUGGACUACGACAAGAUUGGCAAGAACGACGCCAUCGGGAAGAUCUGGGUGGGCAACAAGGCCACGGGCAGUGGCCAAAAGCACUGGUCAGACAUGACCUCCAACCCCCGUCGCCCCAUCGCCCAGUGGCACCCGCUCAGGCCUGAGGAAGAGGUGGACGCAGAACUGGCAGGCAUAACUGCCAAGAAGUAACCACUCACACAUUCUCACUCAACACCCUUACUCACACACACACACACACACACACACACACACCCUCUCCACCUCACUCACACACACACACACAAACACAAGCUCAACAGUCAGUCCCUUCCAGCUCCCCACUGGCUCCCAUAGAUUGGUAGAGACUUUUUUCAGAUGUGCCCCUGCAGAAAGAAACACAAGCAUGGACAGAGCACGUGGUGGAUAAUCAGAAGGUUGAUUACAUGAAUCUCUUUCAGUUGGGAGGUCAGUCAGAGUCAACUGAUUCAACACUUCGUAAACAGGCCACUGUGUCAUUUUUAAAUAGACCCAUAAUUCCAGGCAAAUUGAUAUAAGGUUGUAAGUUAUUUAUAUCUAUAUGCAAAACAGUAUAAUAAAAAUAUGAACAAUAUUCAUAAUAAUGAUAAUAAUAGUAAAUUUAAUAAUAAGCAAAUAAUAAUAAUCAUAUAAACUGCCACUGGCGACUCCUUAACUGAGACUGACCAAAUGUUAAUAGCACAGUUUUUAUUUCACUGAGCUUUACCUGACCAUUAUCAUACAGAAAUGUGGAGAACUGGAUGUUUCUAGCAAGUGCAUCAUCAACCGUCAGGUGUCUAUUCCACUGCCUGCAAUCUACCACCUCUCACAUUCUAUGCUUGCAGAAAAAAAAGCUCAAGAGCAAUGCCUCUAGUUCUUGACUUUCUAUGAGUUCUACUUCAAAAAAAUUCCUGUACCUGUCUAUAAGACAAAAAAGGAGACAAGCCUUGUAACAUUAAAGCAAUUCUCAACUGCCAGGGACGCCUUCAAAUUAAUGUUGUUUUACUCUUUAAUUUCACAUGAAAUUAUCAUGUUUAUUCCUAAAGCACUUUAAAUAUGUCAUUUACUUAUUAUAUACUUUUCAACAUUACGAGUACACUGGAAACCUUAUGAUUCAGGAUUCUGUUGGGUGAAUUCAAUCAGGAUAUCAGUCCACCAUCUACUGCCAUUUCUGUUACAGUGACCUCGGGUGGCUUAUAGCGCUUAAUUGAACUCACUCAUGUGUUUCAAAAUAGCUAGAUCUGCUAAAUCCUAGAUAUCUACUUAUUUGAAGUUUAAUUUUUAUGUCUAAUACUGUAGAUUCUACUCUUUUGUGUAUACAGUGGUUUUGACAUUACUUUGAAUAUUCAUGAAUUUAUUUAUUUUUCCCUGGGAAGGUACUGGAGUAGGGAACUGUUACUUGUGUAUCUUGCAUACACCAAUUACCAAACUGCUGAAUCUACUUGCACUACUGGAUGUAACUACUGUAUGUUCUGCGGGUAUCUGAUGUUUUGCAACAUUCUGUGUAGCUGUGUAUAACCAACACAUACUGAAUUCGACUCGUCUUUUGUCCACGGUUUUUAUAUUUGUCACAAAAUGACAACAAAACAGCUGAUAAUGCUACAAAAAAGCCAGAACAAGCUUGUGGGCUUUACUUUGUAGCCUGAGUACAUUUUGGCAUUUUAUUUGUUGCUUGGAAUAAUGACAUUUAUACAUGGCUGAAAGUGUAAUGUACAGUUUGCCAAAUUUAAUAGGUGUGAACUUUACAUCUGCGCUUUGGAGGUUUAUCCGUGUCAAUUGGAAUACACAAAUAUUUUUCAAUAUUUGAUAAAGUGAAAUUGUUAAGAUCUGUUUUAAUGCCAACUAAGCGCCAAAUAUCUGAUCACCUGAGUAAAUUUAUACGUUGUGCUUGAUGAGUCUUCUGAUGUCAAAGUUGAAGUUAAUUAAUUAAUUUAUUUAAAAUGUUGCUAAGCGCUGCUCAGUGGUAAUAUGAGAGGGACAGUUAGGUAAUUCAAGAAUAAUUAGUUGCAAUCAAUGGGUAGAUAAGUGCAGUUUAAUACGUAGACAGUUUUGAUGGUUUACUGAAUGUAUCCUCGGGGACCAUAAGAAAGAUUUGUUUAUAAUUUAGUCAACCAUUAUUUAUUUUUUGUUAUAGUCUAGUUAUGUUUAUAGUAGUAUCCCCAUCUGCUUUUUGGGCAAGGGGCCACAAUUCUUUAGAUUCAACUCAGUCCUUUAAGUUUAGUUGGGUGUCUCCCGUCUUUUUCUCAGAAUUAACACAAUAAAAAGAAAACACCAAAAUGCAAUCAAAUAACGACAUAGGUGUGUAGUUUUGCCUCUAUAUAUGCAUAGUUCCUACCUGUUGAACUGCAUGUUUCUAUAAAAGUACUAUAAAAUGAGCAUGUUGUAGAGACAAUGCAAAAAUGUAUUGUGUGUUAGUAGAUGUCAUUUGUCAUUUUAAUAGCAAACUGGAGUGGGGGAAAAUGCACUGUAUAUUUUCUAAAAAAAAAAAAGAAACUAAAUCUGUAUUUAUUUUCCAUUGGAUGGGUUUAGGAGAGAAUGUGAAUACAACUGAUGGUCAGUUUCUAUCCAGGCCUACACAUCCAGUACAGUAAUAAGCAAAGUUGUUUAAAAAUACUAAGUGUGAUUUCAUGUAGGAUGAAGAUGUAGCCGCAUGCUUGCUGUUUUUGAUGUAUACAUUUUAUUUAUUGGUUUGUAACUACUUUUGUUUUAUAUUGAACAUGAUUUACAGGUCAAUGUUUGUAUGUCCUCUUGCCAAAUAUGUUCUUAAAAGUGACAAAUAUGUUGACGAAUAUGUUGAUCAAAGUCUAGGGGACUCCAAGAUCUGACUGUAUGAAGCUCAUGCAGAAAACAAAAUAUAUACUGUAUGUUUGGAAAUAUGUGAUAGCACACUGGUUACUGCCAUCUGCUUAAGUGACUUUAUUAAACUGUAUGGGCUGGUUGUCAUGUUGAAAAUAGGGGUUGAUUUAUCACUUAUAGUAUGAUCUGUGCCAAUGAUAUAUCUCGUUCACUGCCAUUGUUUUGACAUUAUGUCAUUAAAAGAAGUGAUUUUUUGGACCAACGUUAAUAGUGAUUUUCACAUUGGUAAUAAGUUUACCAAGUUAGCACAAGGAGACCAUCCCAUAUAAGAAAAAAAAACCUUGAACCUUGGAGUCCCCUUAUUUUUAGCUUUUUUCUAAAGUUUAUGUUGUAAUUUCCUAUGCUACAGACCACGUUUUACUUACAGCAUUUUACUAGCCAAUAUACAUACAUAAACUUGUAUGUAUAUGAAACUUUGUGACUGUGUGUGUGUGUGUGUGUGUGUGUGUGUGUGUGUGUGUGUGUGUGUGUGUGUGUGUAAAUGUUGAUGUGUGUGUGUGUGCGCGUGUGUGUGUGUGCACAUAAUGUGUGUUUAGCGGUAUGUUUGCAGGUGUGCAUGAAAACAAAUAGUUGAAUAUAAAAUAAAGCCAUAAGAUUUGAGCACUAGUGACAUAGAGCUCAGUUGUGUAGAUUUAAUUGAAAAGUCCAUUCACUAAGGCCUGUGUGUUUCGUAAACAUUCCAUUUUGAGUGUGUAUUUAGCUUGGGCCGCACGUGCAAUGAAUUAUUGUCCUGAGUAUGAUUCCUUUCCAUUUCUGACUCCAAGAAUGAUGGAAAGGCUUUGUUUUCUUAUGUAUGUAUUUAUUUAUCUAUUUAUUAAUAUAUGGGAUUAUUUAUGUAUUAUUAUUAUUAUUUAUGUAUUUAUUUUGCCAUGUUGAAAUGUGCAAAUGCUUAUCAUUUUGGCUGACAGUAACAUGAGUAGUUGUCUAUUCAGCUGUGGCUUUAGCUGUAAGAGAGAUCAUUCAGGAUCUUUACCAUGUGUGUGCUUAUUUAAAAGGAGCCCUUGAUUUCAAUAUAAGUCAGUUGCAAGUUGUCUGAACAGUCCAGGUGACAUCAAAUGCUUUGCUUCCAGUAGGACUCUGUAUGUAUGUGUGUGAGUCUGUGUUAGCUCCAAUCAAUAAAGCAUAGGCCCUUUACAGCAAAUGGUUGCAGAGCAGUACGAAAGCACUUCAACCUGCCAGUGUCAGCAUGACCAAGAUUCUCUUAUGUGAAGCAUUCCUAGAUAUUCAGUGGUGUGACUUUGUGAAGUUAGAUGUUAUUUUUUAAAUGUUUCUGUCAUAGCCAAUUCUGAAUUACUUUUUGUAAAAAAAAGAAAGCGUUAUUUAUAUUUGGUCAUGGUGGCCAUGUCUACAAUGCACAGUUAAGUUGGAAUGUGUAUCACAUGGGUUGUGUUACUAUAAACGGAACAGAGAUGGCAAGAAAGGUUCAGAGCAGCAAUAUGUGUAUUUUUUAUAUUUUAAUCUCUGUGCUUUAUGUCUGUCUUAAUUUAGUAGUAGUGUGUUUAGUAGUAAUGUGACAAGUUAGUUGGGAUAUAAAACAAUGGAAGAAACUCUAUCCCAUGAAAACAUUCUUUAAACAUCCUUGCUUUCUCCUUUUUUACCAUGUCAAUGUUGCAAAGUUGAACAGACAUCUGUUAGAAAUAAAGAAAGGGACAUUUGCGGAGUUUUCCAUGGUGCACACUAAAAAGUUAUUUGAGACCUAGACCAGAAGCUACAUUAGCCUGCAUUACAUAAAAGCUUAGCCUGAUCUGCAAUGUCUGUCAAACUGCAAAAAAGUGCUGAAAACUGCCAUCCUUGGGAACACAUUUCUGCCACUGCAUCACCAUUGAUAGACUUAACACAUUAAAAAAGUUUUAGUUUUUUUUUCUUCUCGCUAUACUGCCUUGUGGGGUUUUUUCUGUUUGUUUGUUUAUUUGUUUGUUUGAUUGAUUGAUUGUUUGUUUGUUUGUUUGUUGUUUUGCUUUUUUUUUGAGAGGCAGAGGACUAUUCGGCGUUGUCCUCGGGCCAUAUUUCUACCUGUCUAGAAGUGCUGUGGUACGUGUUUUCAUGUCGGUAAUGUCGUGCCUAGUGUGGAUUGCAUGCUUUAGCCCUUGACUGGACACUUUGCAAAAAUGUUGCUCAUAAACUUCUCAUGACCUGGUUGUGUAGUUGACGAGCAUCAGCAAUCCUUGUAAAGACCUCAAGGGAGCCAAAUAUCUCAACACAAAUCUAACAUAACUGUUACAAGCUCUGUACUAAACAAAUAUAAAAAAUAAAGGCCUUUUAAAUA